UCCCGAGGAUUUGCAAUGUGAUGUGUUAUUUUCACUUUCGAUUUAUCAGCGUUGUGCAAUCUAUAUGUACUUACACAUGUAAAUCACAAUUUUCCAGGAUGGCAUCGAGUGUUCGGCAUGAAUUUUUAGAUAUUGAUGGCAGUGUACUAGAAGGGGGUGGACAAAUUUUAAGGAAUGCUGCAUCAUUAAGCUGUUUACUAAAUCAACCGAUUCGUGUCCAGAAAAUAAGGGCAGGGAGAGAUAAACCUGGACUCAGACCUCAACACCUCACAGGACUGCAACUUGUUUCAGAAAUAUGUGGAGGAAAGCUGGAAAAUGGAGCUGUGGGGUCAACAGAAGUGACCUUUAUACCAGGGAAGGUCAAGGCCGGGUCCUAUAAAGCUGACACUAAAACUGCUGGGAGUAUAUGUUUAUUGAUGCAGGCAGCUGUGCCCUGCUGUUUCUUCAGCGAUGGAGAUGUACACAUGUCCUUGAUUGGGGGAACCAAUGCUGAAAUGGCCCCACAAAUUGACUAUAUUCUAAUGGUAUUUCGACCAAUAGCUGCACGUUUUGGACUUCAUUUUGAAGGUGAAAUUAAGAGAAGAGGUUUUUUUCCUAAGGGAGGGGGAGAGGUUCAUGUAAAGGUUUCCCCCUGCUCCGGUCUACGUGGGGUCACAAUGACAGAUCAGGGCACAGUCACCAGGAUAUUUGGGCUCUCAUUUGUAGCGGGGGUGCUUCCUAAAAAGGUAGCUCACAUUAUGGCAGAGUGUGCUACAGGUGUCAUCAAAGAACACUACAGAGGGGUCCCCAUCAAGAUAGACGUGUGUAAAGAAUCUGAGGCAAUAGGAGUCGGGUGUGGAAUUAUAGUUGUGGCAGAAACAAGCACUGGCUGUCUGCUGGCAGGCUCAGCUCUGGGGAAGAAAGGUAAGCCGGCUGAGAGGGUGGGGCAGGAGGCAGGGGACAUGCUGAUUAACAACCUGUAUAAUGGCGGCUGUGUCGACGAGUUUCUACAAGAUCAGCUGAUAGUUCUGAUGGCAGUAGCUGAAGGGAAAUCAGAAAUCCUGUGUGGCCCAUUAUCCCUACACACUGAAACCGCCAUACAUGUUGCUUCAUUGAUGACAAAGGCAAAAUUUGAAGUGCAAGAAUUGACAAAGAAUUCUACAAUCAUUAGAUGUGAAGGAAUGGGUUUAAAAGCUAAAGACAAUAGUUGAGACCCAGAAACUUUAGAAAUGUCAUAAAACUGCUCUACUAUCAAGACAUGCUUUCAAGAAAAGCAACCCGAAGAAUGGAUUUCUGUUUAUUUUGUUGACAAAUGUGUGGAUUUACCAACAGAAAAAGUUAACAGAUCUGCAUUCCUUGCUAAUUUCUGUCUAUAAACAACAAAGAAAGGAAAGAAAUUGAUCUGAACUUUUAUGUUUUCAUGUUAACAGUGAACAAUUAUACAGAUUUAUAUUCUCUAGGACUUCUUGGAAUUAGUGCUUUAUUUGGAUUGUUAUGUUUAUAUUUGGUGAGAAGUACAACCUUCCAUCACAUGAUGACAUGAAUCAUUAUGUCAGAACUGUGUCUUGUGAUUUCACUUCAGAUACUUCAGGAUAAAUGUCCUUACAGACAAUCAUCUAGACACUUAAAGAAAAGCAGUGAGAAGAAUGUGGUCAUAUAAAAUUAGAACGUAAUCUAUGCACAUGAUCACAUGACUUACAAUGGGCUUUGUAAAUUAUUAAAAAUUCUUAGAAAAUUCAUUUCUUUCUGAAUGAUAUGUACUCAGUAAUUCAUGCAGCAUAUGAAACUGACGGGCAAAAUAUUGAAUAAAAUGCAGUUAGAAAUAGUAAAA